AUGCCAAGUGUAAACUGUGCUGUUAUUGGCUGUUUUAAUAGCACUAAGAAGCUGCGAAAAUGGAAGAAGGAACGAUGUGAAAUUCACGAAGUUAACCAUGAAGAAUGUUCAUGUCAGCGACCGUUUAGUUUGUAUUGCUUUCCAAGCGUCCUUAGAAAUAACGAACAGAGACAGCGUUGGAUAAAAGCUAUGAGAAGAAUUAACCCAGAUAAAAGUGAUUGGGUACCAAAACAAAGUGACAGGGUAUGCUCUGUUCAUUUUGUUGAUGGAACACCUUCCCAAAAGUAUCCAGACCCAACACUAGAAUUGGGGUACGACACUCCUGUUACUAAAAAACCUAGGAGGGAACUAUUUCGACAUUCUCUGGAAAAGUCAUCUCUUGAUUCAGAAGAUGUUCCCAGCAAUGAAGCCCAAGAAGAGGAACCUUGUUGCUCAAAUAUUUCUGACGCAUCAGGAUUUUUUUCACCGACAAUACCAGACCACUCUUACACUAUUUCUUCACCGCCUACAUGUGAAUCAUGCAAAGACAAGAGCGAAAUGAUCAAAUCUUUGGUCAGUAAAGUGAACUCCUUAACUGUACAAGUAAAGAAGUAUAGAGGCAAAGCCUUUGAAAUUGUUAAAAAUACAACAAUGACUUGGAGAAUCAUUAAAAGUGAUUCCAAAAUGAAUUAUUACACUGGUCUAUCUUCUAUCAUGUUAUUUAACACUCUGUUAUUGUUAUUAAAGCCUUACUUACAGCAAGUGAAUUAUUGGAGGGGGUCAAAACGAGCAUGUUUAAGUACUAAAAUAAAGCGUCAAACUAAACAUGUGAAAAAGUUAACACAGCGUGAUGAGUUUUUGUUAGUUUUGAUGAAACUUCGUUUGGGCUUACUGACAGAGGACCUUGCAGAUCGUUUUGGAAUAUCACCAUCAACAUGUUCCACAGUAUUUGUAACUUGGAUUAGAAUUAUAAGUAGAGUUUUGGGUGAUGCACUUGUUGUCUGGCUGCCAAGAGAAGCCAUUCGUGAUAACUUGCCUAAAACAUUUGCCAAAGCAGGUUAUUCCAAAUGUCGGGUUAUAAUUGAUUGUGCUGAGGUGUUCAUUGACAGACCAAAAUCCUUAACAAAUCAAGCAUCUACUUGGUCAGACUAUAAACAUCACAAUACUUUAAAAUUUCUUGUUGGUAUAAGCCCUUCUGGAUAUAUAACUUUUUUAUCUGAUUGUUAUGGUGGGCGCGCGUCUGAUAAAUUUAUUACAAAUGACUCUGGAUUUUACGAUUUGUUAGAAAGGGAUGAUGAAGUUAUGGCAGAUCGUGGAUUUCAAAUCAGAGAAGAAUUAAUGUUACGUUUUUGCAAAUUAGUUGUUCCACCAGGUGCACGUGUAAAAAGUCAGAUGACAAGUGCUGAAUCGGCACCCCCAAAUUGUACCGAGACUCCCGGCCGGGAUUACAAAACUUCGAAAGGGACAAUCGUGUUUGACAGAGUACUGCCGCCAAAAAUACCAAAAAUUAUAAAAAAGAAUGUCUUAAAGUGGGCAAGUUGGCGCUAUCCAAACUCUUGUUACGGGGACAGUGAAACACGAACACCAACCUGUAUUCCAGGCCUUUUUUUAUUCUAUCCUCGUUACGAAAGAGACAAAGAGCCCGGGGAUCGAGGUUGA